UCUUCAGGGUACAAGAAGGGGCUAGAGUUCCCACAAGGGGCAGAUACCCCCCUUGUCUUUGUGUUUACGUGACAAUACUUACAUUUCACUGUAAACCCCAUUUAUUUCUACCUCCGUGACUUAACUUACUUAAUGCAGCCACAAUUCCUUGUCAAGGAAACCGACUGGAAAUGAGAAUUCGAAGUUUAAAGGUUACAUCUGAGGUUUGACAGACAGCUACGGACUAACAUUAAGCUCCAAAUUUCUCCAAAUUACACGAUUAUUGGAUCGUGUACUUUCUGGGAUAAACUGCUAGGAAAUAUUUCAAUUGCCUCUCACUCAAGGUACAGUUUUUCCUGGUAUUCCGUCGCUCAUAAUUCGACGCAAACGGAUGGUCUGUCUUUAGUUUGCUCUUCCCUGUUCAUCUUUAAAACAAACAUGGCGGAUUACUUGACACGAUCGUGCAGUUUCGACUCGACAUUUGAGCAGAUUUUACCGCCAGAACAGUGGAAGAUUUACCUCAGUGAUGACUCGGACAUCAAGAGGGGACCCAAACUGGAUCGAGCCACGUUUGAAGGGUUUAUGGACUCUGAUGGACGGCUUGUUGAGGUCCAAAGUUUUCGACAAGCAGUGUUCCGAGGAGGUAUUGAGAGUGAUGUCAGACGAGAUGCCUGGGCAUUCCUGUUCGGACUUUUCCCCUUCCAGUCGACCCGAAGAGAACGAGAGGUCCUAGCAGUAGAGUACCAUUACCGAUACCAGGCCUUGAAAGCAAGGUGGAAAGCCUUACUGGCACUUACCACUCCUCCGCAUGAUACCACAGCUAACAGCACUGAGGAGAUCCACUUGUCCAGGAAGAACAGCGAAUCGUUGCACGGUGUCCACGAAAAGAUUGAAUGCAGAUGUGGGAAAACAGAGCCAUUAAACAGUAGCACUAAACGUAAUGGACCACUCUCAGAAACCAGGAAAGAUCGACAGAUGCAGAUGGAAUGUAUGGAACUUCAGGCAAGGAUUUAUGCUGAGAGAGAGCCCUUAGACUUAGACAACUUGGAGGGAUUUAAGAAAAGUAUACGAAUCAUAGACAAGGAUGUCCCAAGAACAGACAGAGAUCACCCAAAGUUUAAAGGCCCUAACAAUCCGAAUCUGGAGAGACUACGAGACAUUCUAAUUACCUUUGCCGUCUUUCAUCCUCAGGUGACAUAUGCCCAGGGAAUGAACGAUGUCCUCAGUAGGUUCUUCGUUGUCAUGGAUGAUGAGGUAGAAUCUUACUGGUGCUUUACAUUGUAUCUAGAAACCAUCUACAAGGACUUCUUAGAAGAUGGCAUGCUUCAUAAAUUAGAAAUAUUAAAACACCUGCUGCAGGAGAUUGAUCCAUUGUUGAAUGAACACCUUGAGGUGUGCGAAAUUGGUGACCUGAUGUUCUGCCACAGGUGGCUUCUGCUAUGUUUCAAGCGUGAGUUCCAAUAUGAGGAGAGUCUGAUGCUGUUUGAGAUCAUCAGCAGCCAACAUCUAGAGCUGUCGUCGGUGACUGCAGAGAGAGCCAGAGAUAUUGCCAGAGCUCGUGACUUCUUGAAAGCAGGUGGAAGGCAGAGGGUUCACGCCGAGGUCGUGCGGACAGAUUUCACCUUUGAACUCUUCGUGUGCACCACCAUCUUGUACGACAACAGGCAGUCCUUGUUGGAGUGCAUUGACUCAGCCACUGUGUUCCAAUAUGUGGUGAAUGGGUUAUCGUAUAACUUAGACCUCCAGCACAUACUGUGCCUCGCCGAGAAAAUGUUCCUUGCCUACUGCAGAAAAACGGCGGUCCGGGAUAGCUUUGAACUUGUAGACCAUGACGACGGCUGACAACAGGAACUUAACUGAUGCGUUCCUUAAGUAGGUUACCCUUUUUUUAACCCACUAGUUUUGCAGGAUUACAGGACGGACUGCAUGUGGCCCGUCUUGCUCCUAAUCUCAGGUUCUUUGAGCUGUUAUUAUUUCAUAACUAGGCACCACAUGCUUGAGUAACUUAACAUGGCCGUCCACUUGUUACCCGCUGCAGUAUAAUAUUGAUUUUGCUAUACAAGUAAACUGCCCGUUAUAAAAAUGUUUAUUUUAGGUACCUGAGUUGACGUCACAAUGAAGCCAUAAUGCCUUACUUGAGUUUAAAUUGAAAUACUUUAAAUCAUUCCAUUUUAGGGCAUUCCUUUUGUGCUAGGAACUCUCCAUGACCCAUCCCGAAUCGUUUUUUAAAAGCACUUGAAAAUCUUGCCGCCCUCUGAUAAAUAAUUGAUUUUAAAGUGUAAAUGACCUCAGUGAAUUAGAAGACAUUUUUUUCUCUGAAGUUGGAAUAUUUACACGAUGCAUAUUAAGAUAUCUUUGGGUGAAGAAAUGGUGUGCCGUUUUGCAAGGGUGCAAUGUAAUUGAUUGGGGUCGAGUCGUGGUUUUUAUGACUGCCAUUGUUGUUGAGCAAUCAAAGAAUUGGUUUGAGUACAGGUUAAGGAAGAAAGCCAGUCUCAAGGUUUCAGCUACCAUUCAUACUGCCAUUGAGUGCAAAAGAAAAGCAGGAAAAAACAAGAGAAACCUUUUGAAAACAAGGAAGAUAUAUAUGGGGGGGUGUGGUCCGCAUACUAGCUGUUCCCCCCCUUGGGGUCUGCUACUGGUUAUGCAUUAGUUCAUGCAUAUUUAUAAGGUGCGUGAUACAGGUGUGUAACAGUACUAAGGGGGCUAGUGUUUUUUAAGAAAUUAGGGAACACCAAGCAAUUCCACACAACUCAAGUUCUUAUUAAGCUGAUGGUUCUAGAAAAAACAAGGUACUUGCUAGCAGACCGAUGAAUGUGAGGAGCAGGCAUAUCUCCAUUGUCAGAUAAGUGGCCCUAUUCUAUGAAGUGUUGAUGAAUCCACUUGAAGUUGACAGUAUUCCGCCGCUGAGGUGUGAUAUGCGUUCAUGUGCCUUGCGUUUUCUGUUGUGCCAUGACAACUCUGUCACAAAUUGCUGUUAUAAAACUCUUUCUGAAAUAGAAUUGUAGUUUGGGCCAUUUUGUACAGCACAGUCUGUGUCAGUUUCAUACACCCGGACUUGUACAAAAUGUAUAUACGAGAAAGUCUAUUACAUCUAUAUGCACUUGCCUACUUAAAUCUCAUGUACAUCUUAAUACAGUACAAAACACAUGUCCAUUCCCCAAGCAAAAGAGCGCCGUGGAUUGUAGUGAUGUGGAAUUGUUUGUGUAUACUGCAUGUACGUGGGGCACGGCAUUAUCUGAGUUUGAAUAGUUCAGCGCAUGUAUAUUGCUGAUCGGGAUUGUUUGCCUUGCAUCUGACUGCACGCUGUCAUUGUCCAUCUGCGUAUCUGCAUCGUGGAUGGAACUGAUGAAAGCAAAUUCUGCCAGCACAUUUCAAAUUUAUUCUGUAAUUCUUCUGUAAUAAAACUGCUAUGAAAUAUUCUCUUGUGCAGUCAGGUACAUGUGCACUUGUGGUGGUCAGAUAAAGGGGAGUGAAAUGUGCAUCAAAAGUGAAGGUGGGGGAAUCUGUCAGUCAUUCAUAGCCGUUUGUAAGCACAAAGGUAUAAUAUUUCUGGACCAAGUAUCACUGUUCGCUUUAAAAUACAUGCAGCUGCCAAAAUGCACAGGUAUAGGCACUGGUUAAUUUAGACCUCAUUUCCAGAGUAAAUGAAGUUAAUGAACCCCCCCUUGUAUGUAUGUGGUACAUGUAUAUCCCAUUGCAUGAACUGAGCAACUCCCACAUUGCACCAUUCCUAUAGUAAUACCAAAUAUAUUGUCAUCUGUCGUAAGAAUUACCAUGAAAGAAAACUGCUUUUAAUGUCUUUAGUACUAGGCCAACAAGAGAUUAUUAUCAGACAUAAAUUGCGUGAACGAUGUUGGGUGAGUGUAUUGUAUAUUGCAGUCCCUGGGAUCUUGGAUCAUAUCGUCUAAGGCUGCAACACUUUUAGUUAAAAAUUCCUGCUGGACAGGAUUCAGCGGAUGCCUAUUCAUUGGCUAGAGUGACAUGUGUCCACCAUACCUUAACAAUGAUAGGCACAUAGAAGUGCAUCCUACUGAACAUGGGAAAACUAAUGGAAGUGUAUCCUACUAAACGUGGGAAAAU